UAUACCGGUUCUACGUCCACUCCAGUUGUCGUCCGUAAUUCAUCACAGAAAGACAUUUCAUCUUUAGCUUGGAGACCCAUGUGUUCGGCUCAGUUAGCCGUUGGUUGCGCUUUGGGAGUGGCUCUUUGGACGAUCGAUCCAGCUUCAUUAGGAACUCGACCGUCUGCCUCAUGCUUAACUCAUUUGCCUCAUUCAACUUCUGUCAAUACUGUUUCCUGGGAUCCUCAGGGCAAAUAUUUGGCUUCCGGUAGCGCAAAAGAUUCUUCCCUGUACAUAUGGAAUGUCGAAAAUCGUGAAGCGACCUUACUCCAGAAAUUCCGUGGAGGAGGAUACACUUUUCUGACUUGGAACCCAACAGGUUAUCGUCUUUUAGCGGGCACACCAGGAAACGUAUUCAAAAUUUGGGAAACCAAAACAUGGUCAGCCGAGAUCUGGGAUGUGAUGGACGACGGUCAUAUUCAGGCAGCGGCAUGGAGCCCGUGUGGAACGAAAGCUAUUUUAGCAGAUUCCGUCCACCCUUUAAUUUAUUGUGUGGAUAAGGUAGGAUCUACUGAAUUUUUUAUAUAA